GCGGCGGCGGCGGUGAUCCUAACGAUCCAGACGAAGAAGACGACGAGGAUGAGGAAUGCACCACGAGAACCGUCACCGACCGCUGGGUUUCUUGUGAUGGUGAGCGCACGACACAAUGCAAGACUUACUCCACCUCGCUCGUCAGCGAAUGCUCACGUACGGGUACAGCAACGACUACCACAGGCGGAAGCUGCCCAUUGUAAAGCUACCUAUGACCCCGAUCUACUGGAUAUCCAUGAUCAGAUUCCAAUAGGCGUAAGCCACACGCAGGGAACAACCGUCUACAACGGAAAGACCGUGACGACUUGGGGCUGGAACAUCAACCCAUUAGGCGGCACCAAGCCGCCUAACGGAGGCAACAGCAACGGAGGACAGGCCACGCGUACC